CAGGGCUUGCGGCCGGGACCCCUGAGAACCAGAAGCCAGACUGUGGCCAGCUUGCCAGGCCGGAGCCACGCACAGGCACAAGUCUACCAGGCCACCACCAGCCCUGGUCCAGCCGUCAGGGCCCAUCCGACCGUCGGCGAUGUUUUAUUUCCACUGCCCGCCACAGCUUGAGGGCACUGCUCCGUUUGGCAACCACUCCACAGGGGAUUUCGACGAUGGGUUUCUUCGAAGAAAACAGCGCAGGAACCGGACAACCUUCACUCUUCAGCAGCUGGAAGCGCUGGAGGCAGUCUUUGCCCAAACACACUACCCUGAUGUCUUCACCAGAGAAGAGCUAGCCAUGAAAAUAAACCUCACAGAAGCCAGAGUGCAGGUUUGGUUCCAGAACCGAAGAGCCAAAUGGAGGAAGACAGAGAGAGGGGCCUCUGACCAGGAACCAGGGGCCAAGGAGCCCAUGGCAGAGGUAACACCACCACCAGUGAGGAACAUCAAUUCCCCGCCCCCAGGGGACCAGGCCCGGAGCAAGAAGGAAGCCCUGGAGGCCCAGCAGAGCCUGGGACGAACAGUGGGUCCUGCUGGGCCUUUCUUCCCCUCCUGCUUGCCAGGGACCCUCCUGAACACAGCCACUUAUGCCCAGGCCCUGUCACAUGUGGCAUCUCUGAAAGGAGGCCCACUGUGCUCUUGCUGUGUUCCAGACCCCAUGGGGCUCUCCUUCCUCCCCACUUACGGCUGCCAGAGCAACCGCACAGCCAGCGUGGCUGCCCUGCGCAUGAAGGCCCGCGAGCAUUCAGAAGCGGUUCUGCAGUCAGCCAAUCUCCUGCCGUCGACCAGCAGCAGCCCCAGCCCCGCCUCCAAGCAGGCACCUCCAGAAGGCAGCCAGGACAAGACCCCCCCAACCAAGGAACAGAGUGAGGGAGAGAAGAGUGUAUGAGGGUCCAAAGUACCCAGCCUGGAGCCCUGCCCACCUCCUGCUUCUCAGCCUCAGCCCUGCAACUCUCUGAACCACAAGGAGUGGCCACCUCCUCAUGGAUCUGGCAGGGAAAGUGGGGCCUGCAGCCAUUUGACACCCGGAGAGAGUCACUCUAGAGUUCUGCUGGUGGGCUGCGUUGUUGUGGCUUUUCUUGGUGACAGUUCCCAAUGGCACUGAGUGGCUCUGGAGACUGCUCUAUGGUGAGGCUCUUGGGUGUUUGCUUGUUUGUUUGUUGUUUUCCAGGCCAAGCAGCAUUGGGACAAAGUAUGUUCGUUCCCCUCAGCACUCUUCUUGAGCUGUCUGGGGAGUUCUUGUCAACUCCGAGGACUGUGGCAUAGAUCACCUCUGAAAGACACCAAGAAGUGACAUCUCAUGAUAGGAAAGGAGACAGUCACUCAUAUUGUUCCAGAACCACAGAACUAGUAGAACAUCUACCGGUUCUCACUCCCUCAGCCAAGACUGGCAACAACCCCCUUUCUCUUGUUUGAAGGUUUUGGGUAGGAAGUGAUAGGUUGUGGGGUGACUGCACAGUGGUCUUGACUCUGGCAGGGUUCCCUGGACACAUCUGGCUGGUCCCAGUCACACAGCCUGUCGGUUCUGUGACCAGGGGCCUGCUAUCUCCAUACUGCGGGUGUGGGCAAA